AUGGCUGCCACUGGAGUGCUCCCCUUUAUCAGGGGGGUGGAUCUGAGUGGGAAUGACUUCAAGGGUGGCUAUUUUCCUGACCACGUGAAGGCCAUGACCAGCUUGCGAUGGCUGAAGCUGAACAGGACGGGCCUGUGCUACCUGCCGGAGGAGCUCUCUUCCCUCCAGAAACUGGAGCACCUGUCUGUGAGUCACAACAACCUCACCACGCUCCAUGGAGAGCUCUCCGGCCUGCCGUGCCUCCGGGCAAUUGUGGCUCGAGCGAACAGCCUGAAGAAUUCAGGAGUUCCUGAUGACAUUUUCCAGCUCGAUGACCUCUCGGUGCUGGACCUGAGCUACAACCAGCUCACGGAGUGUCCCCGGGACCUGGAGAAUGCCAAGAACAUGCUGGUGCUCAACCUCAGCCACAACAGCAUCGAUAACAUCCCCAACCAGCUGUUCAUCAACCUGACGGACCUGCUGUACCUGGACCUGAGCGAGAACAAGCUGGAGAGCCUGCCGCCGCAGAUGAGGCGUCUGGUGCACCUGCAGACUCUGAUCCUGAACAACAACCCACUGCUGCACGCCCAGCUCAGGCAGCUCCCUGCAAUGACCGCUUUGCAGACCCUGCACCUGAGGAACACGCAGCGCACUCAGAGCAAUCUGCCCACCAGCCUGGAGGGCCUCACCAACCUCGCAGACGUGGACCUGGCCUGCAACGAGCUGAGCCGGGUCCCCGAGUGCCUCUACACCCUCUCCAGCCUCCGCCGUCUCAACCUUAGCAGCAACCAGAUCUCCGAGCUCUCACUCUGCAUCGACCAGUGGACCCAGCUGGAGACCCUCAAUCUGUCACGGAACCAGCUCACGUCGCUGCCCUCUGCCAUCUGCAAGCUGACCAAGCUGAAGAAGCUCUACCUAAACUCCAACAAGCUGGACUUCGACGGCAUUCCCUCUGGCAUUGGCAAACUGACCAGCCUGGAGGAGUUCAUGGCAGCCAACAACAACCUGGAGCUGAUCCCCGAGAGCCUGUGCAGGUGCACGAAGCUGAAGAAGCUGGUGCUGAACAAGAACCGCCUGGUCACCCUGCCAGAGGCUGUUCAUUUCCUGACGGACGUCGAGAUCCUGGACGUCCGGGAGAACCCCAACCUGGUGAUGCCCCCCAAGCCAGUGGACAAAACCUCUGAGUGGUACAACAUCGACUUCUCCCUGCAGAACCAGCUGCGCCUGGCUGGCGCCUCACCCGCCACCGUCGCAGCAGCUGCAGCAGGGAGCGGCACGAAGGACCCCACGGCCCGCAAGAUGCGACUUCGCCGGCGCAAGGACUCGGCAGCGCAGGACGAUCAGGCCAAGCAGGUGUUGAAGGGGAUGUCAGACGUGGCUCAGGAGAAGAACAAGAAACUGGAGGAGAAUGGGGACAUGAAAUACACGGAUCCGAAGACGCGCCGCUGGGACCAGAGCCUGGAGAAGCCCCAGCUCAACUACUCGGAGUUCUUCACGGAGGACGUGGGGCAGAUCCCCGGCGUCUCCGUCUGGCAGAUCGAGAACUUUGUGCCCACUCUGGUGGACGAGGCCUUCAACGGGAAGUUCUACGAAGCCGACUGCUACAUUGUGCUGAAGACGUUCCUGGACGACAGCAGCUCCUUGACCUGGGAGAUCUACUACUGGAUCGGGCAGGAGGCCACGCUGGACAAGAAGGCCAGCGCCGCCAUCCACGCCGUCAACCUGCGCAACUACCUGGGGGCCCAGUGCCGCACCAUCCGGGAGGAGAUGGGGGACGAGAGCGACGAAUUCAGCCAGGUGUUCAACCACGAGAUCUCCUACAUCGAGGGGGGCUCGGCCAGCGGCUUCUACACCGUCGAGGACGCGCAGUACAUCACCAGGCUGUAUCGCGUCUAUGGGAAAAAGAAUAUUAAGCUGGAGCCCGUGACGCUUAAGGCUGCUUCGCUGGACCCCCGGUUCGUCUUCCUCCUGGACAACGGCCUUGAGAUCUCCGUGUGGAGGGGGACCCAGGCCACGCUGAGCAGCACCACCAAAGCCAGGCUCUUCGCUGAGAAGAUCAACAAGAAUGAGCGGAAGGGGAAGGCGGAGAUCACGCUCCUGAGCCAGAGCCAGGAGCCACCCGAGUUCUGGGAGGUGCUGGGGGGCCGGCCUGAGGAGAUCAAGGCCAACGUCCCGGACGACUUCCAGCCAGCCAAGCCCAAGCUGUAUAAGGUCGGCCUGGGGCUGGGCUACCUGGAGCUGCCCCAGAUCAACUACAAGCUCUCGGUGGAGCACCAGAAGCGGCCCAAGGUGGACCUGCUGCCGGAGAUGCGACUGCUGCAGAGCCUGCUCGACACCAAGGCCGUGUACAUCCUCGACUGCUGGUCUGACGUCUUCAUCUGGGUGGGCAGGAAGUCCCCACGUCUGGUGCGGGCGGCGGCCCUCAAGCUGGGGCAGGAGCUGUGCAGCAUGCUGCACCGGCCCAGGCACGCCAUGGUUAUCCGCAACCUGGAGGGCACCGAGUGCCAGGUGUUCAAGUCCAAAUUCAAGAACUGGGACGACGUGCUGAAGGUGGACUACACCCGCAACGCAGAGAGCGUGCUGCAGGCCAAGGGGCUGGCCGGCAAGGUGAAGAAAGAUGCUGAGAAGAAGGAUCAGAUGAAGGCUGACCUGACGGCGCUGUUCCUGCCCCGCCAGCCCCCCAUGGCCCUGACGGAGGCGGAGCAGCUGAUGGAGGAGUGGAACGAGGACCUGGACGGCAUGGAGGGCUUUGUCCUGGAGGGCAAGAAAUUUGCUCGCCUGCCCGAAGAGGAGUUCGGACACUUCCACACGCAGGAUUGCUAUGUCUUCCUGUGCAGGUACUGGGUGCCAGUGGAGUACGAGGACGAGGCGGAGAAGAAGAAGACGAGCGGUGGCAAAGGGGACGGAGAGGGAGGGGAGGAGGACGAGGAGGAAGAGGAGGAGGAGAAGCAGCCGGAGGAAGACUUCCAGUGCAUCGUGUACUUCUGGCAGGGGCGCGAGGCCUCCAACAUGGGCUGGCUCACCUUUACCUUCAGCCUGCAGAAGAAGUUCGAGAGCCUCUUCCCUGGCAAGCUGGAGGUUGUGCGCAUGACCCAGCAGCAGGAGAACCCCAAGUUCCUGUCUCACUUCAAGAGGAAGUUCAUUAUCCACAAGGGCAAGAGGAAAUCCAAGGACAACAACUUGCAGCCCAGCCUGUACCACGUCCGCACCAACGGCAGCGCCCUCUGCACCCGGUGCAUCCAGAUCAACACCGACUCCUGUCUGCUGAACUCAGAGUUCUGCUUCAUCCUGAAGGUGCCGUUCGAGAGCACCGAUAACCAAGGCAUCGUCUAUACCUGGGUGGGCCGGGCCGCCGACCCCGAGGAGGCCAAGCUAGCCGAGGAAAUCAUGAACCACAUGUUCGACGACUCGUACAGCAAGCAGGUGAUAAACGAAGGAGAGGAGCCGGAGAACUUUUUCUGGGUUGGCAUCGGGGGCCAGAAGGCCUACGAUGAAGACGCUGACUACAUGAAGUACUCGCGGCUGUUCAGGUGCUCCAACGAGAAGGGCUAUUUCUCCGUGUCAGAGAAGUGCUCCGAUUUCUGCCAGGAUGACCUGGCGGACGACGACAUCAUGCUGCUGGACAACGGCCGGGAGGUUUACAUGUGGGUGGGAACCCAGACAAGCCAGGUGGAAAUCAAGCUGAGCUUGAAGGCUUGCCAGGUGUAUAUCCAGCACAUGCGCUCGAAGGCAGCCGAGCACCCCCGGAAGCUGCGGCUGGUGCGGAAAGGCAACGAGCCCCAUCCCUUCACCCGCUGCUUCCACGCCUGGGGUGUCUUCCGAAAGCCGCCCGCCUAAGGGGCCGCGGGGGAGCACCUGCCCUGCUGGAGCCGGCACCCAGCCCGUGGAGAGCACGGGGUCCUUCGCAGCGUGACACUUCCCCAAGAGGAGGAAUAGAACCUGCCUCUGCCCUUCAGGGCUGUCUGCCCCCCCCUUCCUCCCCGCUGCUUUGCUGCUGCGUGCUGCCGCCUCUCGCUUGUGCAGGGGCUGGUUCCUUGCCAGGCCUGGCCCGGAGCUGCCCUUCUCCCGCAGAGACACCCCAAAGGGAGUGGGGAGCAGCCCAUGGGGCAGCCUGCACUGCUGAAGCUACAUGACUAAAACUUCCUGACCUGACCUGUGUGGCUGGAGGGGCUGCAUCUCACUUGCCCCUAAAGUGACAAGGCUCAGCCCCGCUCCGCUCUGGUACCAGCUCCUGGCAGUGAAGAGGGGCUCAGGCAGCAUCAGGCUGUAGCACAGUGUAACGGACUGGGGCCCAUGGCUAUAUUGGGCUGAUAAGGUUAUUUCUUCCCCUGCCACUGGGCGAGGGGCUUUGGGUACUUGUGGCCAGGCCACGGCUUGUGGUCUGACCCUAGCAGGCAGGGGCACACUGUGGGGAGAGCAGAGUGCAGGGCCUGCAGGGAACAGAGCCAAGCCGGGGCAGAGGGGGGGACUCAGCUCUAGGCAGGAGAGUCUGGGUGCUGUUAGCUGGCUCUGGAGAGGUGCCUGUAGCUUCCUGUUGAGUGAAUGCAGGUCAGGGCUGGGCCCAGAGCAUAGGCCUAGUGCCAGCUCAACAGCAGGGAGGGGAGCACUACAGCAAGGCCAGGGGAGCAGUGGGUGUGAAACUGGGGCAAGGAGGGUUAUCAGCCACAAGGCUACAUAAGCGCCAGGAACCUCCCACUCUCCAUGGUAAGACUGUGGCUGUGUUUAUAAUCCCGGAAGCGGCUGCCCCCAGGAGAGCAGCGGCCUGGUGCCAGCCUGCACCUCAUGCUGUGUAAGUCCCCACCUUGCUGUGUGCUGCCUGCAGCAGCCUGGCUCUUUACCCUCCUGCAAGCAGGCUGGGGCCUCUGUCUGGUAAAGGCACAGGCCAGUACCAGCCCCUAUUGAUUUUCCAUGGGCAAUAGGUGCCUUUCACCUCCCUUCCAGCCCCUGUGACACUGCGGAUGGGGGGGCUAUUCUUCCUGAGGGCGAGAGCCCCUUCUCUUGCCUGCCUGGGGGACAGUUAAAGGCAGGUGGGUGCUUUGGUGCUGUCUGUUAAACAGCAUGAAGUCAGGCAGUCAGAGCUGGGAGUGUAACCAGGAUCCACACAGGCCAGCACCAGCUGGCACCAGUGACUGGCCCCAGCCCCAGCUGUGCCAGGCACCUGUGCAGCUGCCCCCUGCUGAACCCUGCUGCACCCUGCUGCUGUGGUGAACCAUGUUGUGGUCAGUGCCGGCCACGAGGGGGCACAGUAAGACCACCCGGGGCACUUGAGUUUUAGCACAGACUUCCCCACAUGCUGCAGGGAUUGGAACCAGCUGGCUGGGCCCCCUGCCCUGCGCUAGGGCAGUGCUGCUUGCCGAGCCGCAGGAGCAGGGUUAAAUACCAUUCCCUCCCCCCUCCCUUGGCACUCACGGUUGAGAAGCACAGUUUGCACUCAGUGCCCCCCUCACAGUGACUGUAAGUGCCACUCUGUGCCUGGCUGCUGCCUUCUGGAUCAUAUCAAUAAAACUGCACUUCACCGA